GUGAUAUCAUUUUCAUUGUUUGCUUUAAAUUGCUAAUGGCAGUACUCCAGCAAUAUCAUAUUAUUUAUAGUGCCGAUGGAAUUUCAUGUUGCUUUCUCUUUCGAUUACAAUCUGGUCUUGUGUAGGAAGAUAUGAGCAUAAUAUUUUUACAACUACUUCAAGAUCAUAAAUUCUCGCCUGGAAAUAAUGUAUUUGGAAGACUAGUUUUUCUUUCUCUGGUAGCCUACACUUUCUGCUACAUUCAUUCUUCCCCUUCGUAUGAACGGGGCGGAAAAGUUUGCUAUUACUGUUCGCCAGGAUUCUACUGGAGCAGUGAUUGUUGGACUAGUCGCACUCAAGCUCAGUGUCAGCCAUGUCCUAAUGGAACCUUCCAGACAACUUCAAAUAUUGCACACUAUUGUGAAAGGUGUAAAAAUUGUGAAGAAGUAGUAAGAAACUAUCUCUUCGCUGCAGUAAUUACACAAUGCACCUCAUAUUCAAAUACCAUAUGUGGAUGCACAGUGGGUUAUCAUUUCGUCAAAGAUCAUGGUGGAAAUGGAAUGGGAUUCUGUCAACUCAACAAAUUGUGUCGUGUUGGAUAUGGACUCGUAGAAAAUGGUUCUCACUUUAAAGAUACAAUAUGUAGAAAAUGUCUCGAGGGAUUUACCUAUAGCUCUUCAGAGUCGACAAAACCCUGUUUGGAAUGUACAAGGAACUGCCAUAAUGGUACCCAUAUCCAGUAUCCAUGCAACAUUACACAUGAUAUGGCAUGUGAGGAUAAUAGUGAAUCAGAGGGACCUAUCAAGGAAAAUAUUAAGACGACAGGAAGCACUGCAAUAGCUAUUGGUACAGUAUGUGGAGUAUUUCUGUUUAUGGUUAUAAUUAUAACUAUAGUAACGGUCAGGAGAAGGUGUUUCAGACCGAACUCCAAUAUCAGAACUGAUAACAGAUCUGUUGUAUUUAGGGCAAGUUUUAUUCCGUUGUUGGAUGAUUUGAAGAAUGAAAGUCAACAGGAUGACGACAGAAUAAACUGGGAGAAAUUCUUCAAUAGGUUUUGUUCCGAAAUUGAUGUUCUUCCUGACUGGGAACAUUUCAUUAGGACAUUAUUUACUCUUUCAGGCCAGGCAGAACAAGGACAGCAAGCUGUCAAUGAAGCCAAAGUCACACACGACCAGGAACGAUAUCGUUCUCGCUUAUAUUAUGCACUUAUUAAAUGGAAAAACUAUAACUACGUCGAUAAUGAUUCAGAAAUGUUUCAGGUUCUUUGUCAAGCUGUUAAUAAGCAUAAGAAAGGCUCAGUAAAAAUCUGCGCUUGAUUGUUACUGUUGUAUUUUUGAAUGAACAAAACUUUUUAAAAAAACCUUAAUUACAUACAAAUGCUUCAAAAGUUUUUGUUUUAGUUUGUUUAACCCGUGUAUUUAAUUAAAGGACAUCUUAACCCCUAAAUAGGCUUCUUUUAACACUGUAAAUUAAGGUAGGCAAGUGCAUUUCGUUGGUACUUCACAAUUAUACAUUUAAAGAAAUAAAUGAAUAUAAUCAUACAUUAACUUAAGCGUAUUUAAAAGUAACAUUUAUUUACGAUAUGGAAAUUUGUAAUUGUCAGUUGUUUUGGAUUUCAUAUUUUCGUCCUUGAACUUCAAUACAACUAACUAUGUUUUUUAAAUUUGUUGAUAUCUAUGCAUGACCGUUCUAAAAUAACAUACCAUGAAUAGUAUAAACUUCCUAAUAAAAUUUUAAUGAUAUCGUACAGUAUUGCAUGGUAUAGAGUACUUCCUUUUUAAUAAUAAUUUCGCAACCGGACAUUUACCCUGUACAUAAAUUAUGGGUAGUUUUGUAAGGUAAAAUAUUAUUGUUUUUGACUCAAUGGGGUAAAAUUGAAUUGUGUAUGGUGUAUGGUGCAACUGAGAACUGUGUAUUUCGCACUUGUGCAAGUGGUCAACUUACAUGGAUCAUGGUAGAAUACCAUAUGUGAUAAAUAAAUAUUGUGUCAUUCACAAAUGCAACUGUCUUUUUUAACGCGAUAGAAAAACAUCCUCGUCGAUUUUUUAAUUGUAUAAAUUGAGUUUCUUUAGUUACAUCCCGUCAAAUAAACAUUUUACGAUUGUUUCAUUAACCUCGUCUGCUAUCUAGCAUCAGUUCACAAAACAAAUUCAGAUAAGCAGACGUUUGAUUUGUAUAACAAAAUUAUAACAAAGUGAAGACCAUUUAUAAUUCCCAGGGAAAACAUUUAUCUUAGUACCAUCUCUGUUUUUCACUAUCAUCAAAUACAACAUUAGUGACAAGUUUCGUCAAUUUCUAUAUCAUGUGGUUUAUUUAAUGAUUGAUAUAAUUUACGCUACCUUUUUUCCGAUGUCUGUUUUAUUGAUAUAUUUGUUAAUUUCUUCAUCAGUAUUUUGUAUGAAAAUGAAAGACAAUGACGAAAAAAGAUGUGAUAUUUGUUUUUUGCUAUGAAUUACUUAAAUGUUUAUAGUUUCAUUUAAAUUUCGACUCGCAUCUAUAGAAAAAUCUGUAAAACGUUAUUCCCAUUUAUAGAUACAUAUGUUUGUAGUUAUUUUCUAGUAUAAUUUAUUUUUGUAUAAACUGUCCAUAGUUCAUAAGAAUCAACCAGUAUUACAAGUGAUUAGAAUGAUGUAUAAAGAUACGAAAACAUUCUAUCAGAAAAAUCUACGAUAUUAAAUACUUUCACAAUAAACAUGGCAAUUACAAUUAUUAUAUGGUUUGCCAAAAGACUAAUCUGAUGGUUUCAGCCAUUAUGUAUUACCGUCGAAUAUUAUUCAUCUGUAAAUAAAGAAUACAGUGUGUGUCAAGUACACGUAUUCUAUUAUCAAUAAAACUCAGAAUGCAAUCAAAAGUUGGUAUUCAUAUCUAUUUAUCACCCUCAGGAUUGUCGCAAAUAUUAUAUAUUGUUUGAUUCAUCGUGGCUUAGCAAAUAUUCACUCAAGUGUUUACAUGCAUGAAGCAAGGCAUAACAUUUAACGUAAUUGGUGUUUUAAAACUCAUCCAAAAUACCAAAAUGUGUUGCAUUGUUUUCCUAUCAGUAUCUAUCAAAAUGUUAAUAUGCAAUUUUCUUUUAACAUUCAAUUCAUGUACGAUACAACCUUGAACAGGGUUCGUGAUUAAUUUCAUGUGUUGUGGUUGUUGAGAUUUAAUAAAAUAAUAUAAUUUGAA